UAGCUGAACGUCGCGGGUGAAAGUGUGUUCUAUUCGUACGACGACCAUCGUUACGCGGCAUUUUGAAAAAACGAACACUAAAAAAAUAUACCUUAAAAUAAAAAAAUAAACAAUUCAGUGUUUUUUCUGUGAGUGUCAGUGUGGAAAAAAAAAGAUUCUUAACUCUGUGGAUGAUUAUUUUCGUGGUUUAGUAUAGCAGUGUUGUGCCGUUUUCAGAUGUUGGAUUUUUAAUGUGAAAGAUUAUAGGAUUACCCAAGUAAUGAACGUUUUCUUUCGUGAUAACGGAGCUGAAGAUACGAGACAUCACCAGCCGCUUUUAAGACCCGAAAUACUAUAAAUCAUAAUACUAAAAAGGAUCCCAAAAUAAGACCAUGGCAUUCACACCAAAAUUCUGUGAGUCAAAAAUAGACCGUUCGCGGAGGGGAAAUUGACUGUUCCGUUAAAAUGUGAAUACCUAAAAAUAAUACCCGGAUUUCCUUGUUAUGUUGACAGACGGAUAAUAAUAUUCAGUGCAGUGUGUUUAUAAUGAUGUUGAUAGUUAGUUUUAGAAUAAGACUCACUAGUAGGGGAGUUUCACCAUUGUUCUUGUUGCUUCGGACUCAUAAUGUGAUAGUGUUUUGUCUUUGUACAUUGUUAUUUGGUGUAUGUGGUGGUUAUCAAGAACAGAAGUUUGCUAUGGAGCCUCAGGAUCAGACAGCGGUAGUCGGGUCUCGAGUGACGUUACCAUGUCGAGUGGAGAACAAAGCGGGUCAGCUGCAGUGGACGAAGGACGAUUUCGGACUCGGCCUUCAUCGAGAGCUCAGCGGGUAUGACCGAUACAAGAUGAUUGGGAGCGAUGAAGAAGGUGACUACUCUUUGGACAUCAGGGACGUCACGUUAGAUGACGACGCGAAGUACCAGUGCCAAGUCAGCUCAGGGAUCAAAGGUGAACCGGCGAUUCGAUCUCGGUACGCGCGGCUCACAGUGUUGGUCCCGCCGGAGCCGCCCCGUAUAGUAGAAGGCAAUUUCUUCUCGACUAUAGAAGACAGGAACAUCAAGUUGGAGUGCGUGUCUGUUGGUGGAAAACCGCCGGCUGAGAUCACGUGGGUAGACAGCAAUGCUGGUGUUCUGACACAAGGAGUCACGUAUAGUGUGGAGCCGAUGCCGGAUGGUCAGAGAUUUACAGCUAGGUCUAUAAUAAAAAUGACUCCAAAGCAAGAGCACCACAACCAGACGUUCACGUGUCAAGCGCAGAACACAGCGGAUCGUGCAUACAGAGCAGCUAGCAUACAAAUAGAGGUAAAAUAUGCUCCUAAAGUGAAAAUGUUCAUCAAAUCUGGUGCUAACGGGAAGAUUCCUGAAGGAGAUGAUGUCGUUAUAGCAUGCAAAGCCGAUGCGAACCCAUCCAACCUAACAUACAAGUGGUUCUUGAAUGAAAAACUUAUUGAAGGAAAUACUACUGAAUUGAAAAUAUACAACAUAACAAGAAAAUACCACGAUGCUACAAUUAAGUGUGUAGUGUACAACGAUGUCGGAAACAGCGAAGAAAUAGAGACGCUCGAAAUUACUUAUGCUCCAACCUUCAAAACGUUACCAAAGGAUGUGGAAGCAGAAGUUGGCACAACUGUCACUCUGAGCUGUGACGUGGAUGGCUACCCGCCACCGGAGAUCAGGUGGCUUCAUCAUGAGGAAGAUCAGAUGAUUAGGGUUGGAAGAACAGCCAACUUAACCCUUACACUGGACACACACACUUCAGGCCGAUAUCUUUGUAAAGCCAGCGUCGAUGGAUACCCUGAAAUAGAGGCUGAAGCUUCAGUUUUCAUUAAAGGUCCACCAAAGAUCAUAUCAAACCAAACACAGUUUGGGUCACAAGGCGACACAGUGAACAUCGAGUGUGCUGCAUUUGCAGUUCCUAGAAUAGACAACAUCAUCUGGACUUUUGAUGGCAAAGAAAUUGAUGCUAUACAUGAUCAGGACUAUGCAUUCCUAGAAGAGCUACAAACGGGAGGAGUUGUGAACUCGACGCUAAUCAUUCGAGAGAGCCAGUCUAAACAUUUUGGGGUCUACAAAUGCAACGUCUCAAACGAUUAUGGGAGCGAUACCAUGGAAAUUGUAUUAAGACCUAACAAAACAUUCCCACUCCUCCUAAUAUUAUUCGGAGUAACAUCAGGAACAAUAAUGGUAGCUGCAGUGAUAAUGCUAGUAAUACUAUGUCAAAGAAAACAGAGAAAGAACAAGCAGACACAAGUGGCUGAAAAACCAGAUGUGACGGUAACCGCUGAAGAAUUGUAUAAAGAAAAUGAUAGAAAUUCUAAUAUAAGUGAUCUAAAACUAGAAUUGAGACAAGCAAAUGGCAGCUGUGAGAUUGACUACUCAAACACAGGAUCGGACAGCACACUAUGUUCGAACGCUAAACUUGGCAGUGGCAUUCCACUAGCUGGGACAGUACCUCUGUCGUCUAUAAACCAGACUAGUACAUAUCAGCCUUAUAGAUAUAGCAAUGACUAUACGGAUCCUGCUUACGCUGAUUGUUAUAAGGUGAAUGGUUUUAGCAAUGGUUACCAAACAUACGUGCAUUAUGGUCACGAUUAUACCCCGGGAUCUCUGCGGGUACAGUCACCGACUAUGAGCAGUGACAAAUUAACUCCUAAUAGGUCUAUAAACGGCAGUCUACCAAGAAGUGUAGACACGCCGUCUACCGUCCAGUUCAACACUGGCAACGGGUCACAGAAUAACUCAUUACAAAGAAAACAGAAGAGACAAGACAGCAGUAAUGCGCUGAACAAUCUUGGACUUCCUACUACUGAGGUGAGCCGAGUACCGAACGGGGGUAUAAUCCACGGCGUCGACGUGAGAUACGCGGCAACCUACGGCAACCCGCAUCUACGGACGGGCGGCGGCCUAGGGUUUGCUAAUACGGUGAAUACUGCGAAACCCGCGUCGACACCCGCGCCGCCGCCUUAUUCGUCUGUUAGAAGUUCUGUCAUUUUGCCUUCAGGCAACUCAUCCCACUCGAUAACGUCGCCAACCAGCCUGGCGUCACCACAGUGCGCCACCAGUCCCAUCACCACGUCAACCAUGUCGACUGACAGUGCGCAACCACCAGUCGGUGUAGCAACAUCUUCAGCAACACCACAAUCGCCGAGUGCACAUUACAUCUUGGCGCCAUCAAAUAGGACUAUUAGUAAUGCCACUGUUACCAAAAAAGGUAAUGGGCACCAAACACCAUUAGCGACCCACGUAUAAGUUAAGUUUCAACGUUUUUCUAUAAAAGACUUUGGAUGAAUUUACUAAGCAAAGACUUUGUGCAUCUGUGUACUAUAGUUAUUUUUUAUUUAAUUUUAAUUUAGAAGUAUUUUCCUCCGGUCAUUUCUACGGUCAAAUUAAAGGAAUGUAAUCAAUUAAAAAAACUUUUGUAAUUUAUUACAGUUUUUGUUCAAGCAUUUUUUUAAUUUGUAAAUUUUAAAAAAUUAAAAUGUAUACUUGAAAAAAAAAAAACAGGAAAAUGUUUGAAUAAAAACUGGGAAUUUUUGAGUCGUAAAUAGCAUAUUAGUGUUCAAAAAACUAGGUUUAUAGAAAACAUAGAAUACCACUUAAAUGUUUCUUGUCAACCGAAUUAAGGAAUAAAUAAUCGGUUAAUUUUUACCAUGAUGUAAAACCUAUUGUGUAUAUUUUAUAGGUAAUUUUAUUUAAUCAAAAUUUUUCGUACGGAGAUGGCAACUGUUUUUUAACAAACAUUUAUUGGAAUAAAUCAAAUAUAGUUUCAAACAACCAGUUUAAAAAUGUAAUUUUUCAUUGGGAAAUAACUAUCACUUAACUGUCUAUCAAAAAUUGUUUGUUAAAAAAAUAGUGCCACUCAGUAUAAAACCUUAUAGUCAAUUCUUUGAAAGUUGUUAAAAAAAAUGAAAAUUUUUCGUCAAUUUCGUAUAACCCGACUGAGACUGGUCUUGUUACUAUUGUAUUAAAGUGUGUAUAUUAAUAUUAAAUUAAAUAUAUUUCCAUGUGAUGACCGAUCUGCGGGAGUUAUCAAUUAAUUCUUAGAAAAACCACCUUGAAUGAGCUAAUCAGCAUUUAGUAUUUCAUUUCUCAAUUAAUUAUUUUUUAAUCAAAAAAGUACACAAUCUACUAUGAAUUAUUAAAAACUAUAACAAAUAUAAAUUAUAUUAGUUUGAUACAUAGAAAAAAUAUUAAAUUAAUUUUUGAAAAAGAAGAUGUAAAAAUAACAAGUUAUACAAACCCGUACAUUUCAUAAAACCAUGGCUUCUAAACACACAAUGUUAUAGUAUUUUCUUUUUUCUUGUAGAUAUCACUCCAAGUCAAUUUGAUAAUAAAUUUAAAAAAAGUAAAAUGUAGCGUAUCGGUAUUUUACUCAUAUUUUUAUUUCACACAAAAAAAAUAGUGUAAACAAAAAAUAAAUAGAAAAAAUAUUUUAUAGUUUUCUGUUACAUUUUGUUAUAUUUUUUUUAGAUUACUACAUAUCAGAAUAGAAUAACGGUUCCAAAGUCUUUGGUUCUGUCAAUAAUAAAACAUAUCUCAUACAUAAUCAUAAAAUAAGCUUUAAUUUCUCUAAAAUGUGCCAUUCUCAUGAUAUCUCAAACAUAUCCUAAAUAUUUAAACAUUUUUCGUAAAAUGCACCGCUCUUCCAUUUAAUUUUUAGUGCAAUGUCAAUUCAUAAAGAAAGAUUAUUAUUUUAAAAUAUACUGGGCAAAAUUGAAAUAUAUUUUACUUUUUUAUGUCCAUUAGAAAGUUUAAUAGAAAAACUAAAUCAAUAUAAAUAUAUAAAAUAGUAAUUUAAUAUUUACUGCUUAUCACAAUAAUGCUCAAUACUGUAGGAGAAAUUAACAAUUCUUUUUAAAAUUUCAAUUCAAGACUGAUUAGACUAACCUACACCACACGAAUAAUUUUUUCAAUCGUUAAAUAAUUUGAUUUAUUUAAAUAAAUGUUAUAUUUACCUUUUUAAUUAAAAAUCAGGUAAAAUAUAAAUGGAGGUUGCUUUGACAUCAUUAGUAAGUACCUCAAAAUAGAACCAAUUACAAAAAAAGAAAUAAAAAUAAAAUUUCAUAUACAAAUGUAAUUUUUCCAUCUAAAAUUACAGUUUAAAUUAAAAAGGGUAAAUAUAACAAUUUGCAACUACUAUUCGACUUUUGUUAUUUUUGAGAAUCUUUAUUAUGUUUUAUGAAAAAUGCUAUGAGAAAUAAAUGGCCUAGAAUUAUUACAUUCACAAUAUUUAUCGAAAUAUAAUCGCCUUAGGUAUCAUCUCAUCCGUCUUGUAAAAUUAAAGUUAAACCCGAUAUUUUUUAUAUUUUUUAAACAUAUUUUUCUUCUUUUUUAAUUUUACGUUAAUAUAUAAUAGAUUUUUAAUAUUAUUUUUAAACAAAAAAUUACAAAAAAUAUCGGGUAUUUCACUAGCUAAAAUAUAUAAUAAAACUGCUUACACACUCUCGAUUUUAAAUUUAAAAACACGCAAAAACGUCUGUGUGUAGGGUGGUUUACGUCGAUUAUUCCUCUUAUAAUAAAAACUAUUAUUAUGCUAGAUAAAUAAUUAUUUUUUCUGUGAUACAUAGAUUAAAGUGUUUUUUGUACAUAUAAAUCGCUAUUACUAUGUGAGUGAAAUUGUUAAGAAAAAUGUACUACUUAACUAUAAAUAAAAAAUUGUAAGGCUUUCGACUUUGUGAACUAAUUUAGCCGAUAGAAGAAAGAAGGUUUAUGUUUUACGGAGUGACGAAAAAAAAGUAGAUAGAAAAGCGUAACGAUUGAGUUAAAAAAAGUUGCAACUUGUAAAUUAGUAAAAUUGUACAAACUACUUUUCUAAAUAAAACGAAACUUUGGCCUAUGUAA